AUGGCCCCCCGUCGAUCCCUGGACCUGGUAACCCUCAUCCUCAAUGCGCCCCAACUCAUCCGCCUGACCUUCAUCGUCCUGCCCUGGGACUUCUUCCUCCGUGGCCUGUACCUCUGUAGCGCCCUGACGCUGUACGGCCUUAUUGUCGCGACGGUUGCCAUACUUCGUGUUGCGAACAGGUUGCUGGUCGUUCUGCAGAACCUCCGUCGCAGGCUUGAGGAGUUAAGGGUUCAGAUGGGGGAUGUGUCCGGCGUCUCAAUCUUGGAGGGUUGA